AUGGACGAGAUAGGAAGGUUGCAAGAAACAUCAAAUUGGGAAAAUAUACUACAAUCUUUGGGGAUUGAGAAACUCGCAAAUGAUAUUGAGACGGAGGAUGUCCAGGGAAAGGUCUUGGAGUCCCUUGAAGAGUGGGAGGAUUUUUAUUACACAUACUCUUUGUGGGUAGGCUUCAGUGUCCGCAAAGCAGAUGUACGAAAAAAAAAUGGGAACAUCACCAUGAGAAAAUGGGUAUGUUCAAAAGAAGGUUUCCGCAAACACAUGGAAAUUGACAAGGCCGAUGGGAGCAAACGAAAAACAUCUAUUACUAGGACUGUUUGCCAAGCUAGUUUUCAAGUCGUAAUGAUGGGCGAUGAGGGUCCGUGGAUUUGCAAGGAAUUCCAACCUCUGCACAACCAUGACAAGGCAGCAUUAGAUGAGUUGCGAUUUCUGAGAUCAAACUAUUCCAUGUCAGAAACCCUAGUUGCUCAAGUGAGGUCAAUGAACCAAGUUGGGAUAAGAACUUCACACAUCAUCUCCCACUUGGCAAUGCAGUCUGGUGGGUACGAAAGGAUGCCUUGCCAGCUACGAGACGUUUACAACAAGGUCGCCCAUGUCAAAAGAAAAGAGAAAAGAUGUACAUAUUCAUAUGGUGCUUUGGGAUAUUUGGAUUGUUUGUCAAAGAGGGAUCCAAAUUUCUUCAUUCAAUAUCAAUGUGACGUGGACAACAGAUUGGGGAACCUAUUCUGGGCGGACAGAUAUUCUCGACGGGAUUUUGUCGCAUUCGGUGAGGUUAUUGGAUUUGACACAACAUAUAUGACAAACAAAUCUAAUAAACCCCUGACAAUUAUUUUGGGCGUCAAUCAUCAUUUCAAGACCUGCAUAUUUGGAAUGGCACUGCUUAACUCCGAGGAUGAGCAAACUUACUUUUGGUUGCUUGAAAAAUUUAUUGAAUGUCACAAUCAUGUAACACCAUAUGUGAAGUACUUCCUUGUGGUGACAGAUGGAGAUGGAGCUAUCAAAAAUGUUGUCUUGAAGUACUUCCCAAAUGCAACUCAUCAGUUGUGUGUGUGGCACUUGUGUACCAACGCUUUAAAAAUUUCAAAAGACCCCUAA